GUUUACGGAAGUACCCGAGCUGUUCUCGCGAUACUUUGGCUCGGUCGUGGGAUUUGGAAGGGUAGUGGCUGAGGGGUGACACAACACGAAUCCCUUUUAAUAUGAGUGAUGAUAAACCUUUCCAGUGCACUGCUCCUGGCUGUGGACAGAGAUUUACAAAUGAAGACCACUUGGCUGUCCACAAACACAAACACGAGAUGACCCUGAAGUUUGGUCCAGCGAGGACCGACAAUGCCAUCAUUGCUGAUCAAACCCCUACACCUACCCGCUUUCUGAAGAACUGCGAGGAGGUCGGGCUCUUCAAUGAGCUCGCAAGUCCGUUUGACCACGACUUCAAAAAAGCGGCUGAAGAUGACAUUAAAAAGUUACCACUGGAUUUGUCACCUCUUGCGACGCCCAUCAUACGCAACAAAACUGGGCAACCCACACCAAUGGAGGCGCAUCUUUUGCCUCACCCUGAGUCCACAACAAGUGAAGACAAGGAAUUAUCUUUGCGGCCAACUUCACUGCCAACCUCCACUAUAGUCCAUCCUGCCUCCCUCCAAGUCCCCAAUGUACUUCUAGCAACCUCAGAGGCUAGUGUUGUAAUACAGCAAGCUCUCCCAUCGCCAACAGCUAGCUCUGUUAUUACCCAAGUCCCAGCCACUAAUAGAUCCAUAGUCCCAGUGUCGGGCACCUUCCCUGUGCUCUUGCAGCUGCCUAACGGCCAGACCAUGCCAGUUGCUAUACCUGCGACUAUUACAAGCUCAAGUGUACAUAUUCCAACUACAAUCCCGCUUGUCAGACCUGUCACCAUAGUGCCUAACGUCCCCGGGAUCCCAGGACCUCCCUCGCCACAGGCACAACAACAACCACAGCCUCAGCCCGCCCAAUCAGAGGCAAAGCUGAAGCUGAAAGCCACAUUGAGCCAGCAUCUUCCUCAGGUAACCAAUGGAGAUGGCGGUGAAGUCCAGAGCAGCGCUGUCAACCACACUGCUGCUCCCCCUUCUCCUGCACCGACUCCAGCUCCGUCUCCAGCCCCAGCCCCAACCACAGCCGUGGUCCUAACUCCUGUUCCCCACCAGCCCACUAUCGAGGAACCCUCCCCUCCUUCUCUUCAGCAGCCGGCCACCUCCACCACAGAGACACCUGCUUCCCCGGUUCCCCCUGCGCAAAACCCUCCGAUCACAGGGGGGCGGCGGCGCAGAACCACAAGCGAAGACCCUGACGAGAAGCGGCGCAAGUUCCUGGAGCGUAACAGGGCUGCGGCUACUCGCUGCAGGCAGAAGAGGAAGGUGUGGGUCCAGUCUCUGGAGAGGAAAGCAGAUGACAUGAACUCCGUGAACGGACAACUACAGAACGAAGUCACCCUGCUGAGAAACGAAGUGGCUCAGCUGAAGCAGCUUCUCCUGGCUCAUAAAGAUUGCCCUGUAACCGCCAUGCAGAAGAAAUCUGGCUAUCACAUUUCUGACAAAGACGAGAGCUGCGAGGAGAUGUCCGUCCCCGGCAGCCCCCAGAACGAGGCCAUCCAGCACAGCUCCGUCAGCACCUCCAACGGGGUCAGCUCCUCCUCCACGACCCCGGCCGUCUCCGCCCCGUCCAGCGCCGGCACCAUCACGUCCAACCAGAGCACAGAGGAGACCAGCCAGUCUCAGCCAUCAGGGAGCUGAUUGUCCAAAACCUGCGUCCGAGCGUCCUCACCGGAGCGCUGCCGCCUCUUCUGUCUCCGGCCGACGGAGCAAAGCGAUUCUCUCUCCGCUUCACUUCUGUUUUCUAAUUUAUUCUCGAUCGGUUUGUUUCCUGUUUGGUCCGUUUUGUCCUCCAUAGGCGAUGCUUCUUCAAAGUGCACAUGUUUUCUCUGGUUGAUGAAGACGAAAGUUCAGGCACUUUAGGUGUAAGAUGUAAAAACACAUGGAUCAGAAAUGUUUUUGUAUUUGUUAUUUUCUAUUAAUUAAUUAUCAAUCCUAUCUAUUUUUUGCUUUGAUUGUCCUGAAGCGGUCGAUCAGUUGAUGGUUAGAGUCUUUACCAAAGUGUGUGGUGGCUCAUUUGUAAUAAGUUUGCUUGUUUGUUUCCAUGUCUUUUAUAAGCACUAUCUUUGUGAUAUCGUAGACAACAGUCACUUUUUUUUUGUAAUUAGCUUUUUCCAUUUUGCACAUUUAGAGAGAAUUAAGGGGUUUACGUUGUUUUAGGUACAGGCAGCUUCGUAAAGGUAGAUCUAAACGCUGCCACGUUACACAGAUUUAAAUGGACGAAUUGGAUCUUGUUGUUUUCGUGAGAUCAGCUGUUGUGGCGUUGUACAGUUUGAAUGUUGGAGCUCACCUCUGUUUGUAAAAGGGUCUCCGGGUGGGCUGCUAGUGUUUGUUCUUUCAUUGACAUUCCACCUGUAGUCUGAUUGUUCCUGAAGCAGUGAUUGUAGGAUCGCAGUACUUUUCCAUUGCUCAAUCAUGGUGAUGUUGAGUUCAUUCAGUGCCAUUAACAUUUUUGUAACAACUUCUGUAGCUUUUUUAUUGCAGUUCCAGUUGGGUGCCGUCCUCAGAUCAAAGGUCUCAUAUAGAUCAUCGCAGCUUACAGGAGAUGUCCUGCUUUUAUAUAAUGUCUUUGCUUUAUAACUGUUUCUGGCUUCAGUGUCUAAGGACAUUCUGCUGGUUUCAUGAUUGCAACAACGUUUCUAGAAAACAUUGUAAAUACCAUCACUGACACAUUGUACAUGAUCUUUCAAUGUGUUGUGUACUUUUGUCUUUUUUAAAUAGGGUAGAUUCAGUAGCUCUGUUUUAUCACAAUAACUCUGUUAGCGGUAAAAAGUUACUGAACUUUAGGAUAGACCUCCUGGCUUAUUAAAUUAUUAUUAUAAAUUAAAGCGUUCAGAUGUGAACUGGAGUCACAUAAUUUAUAUUAGAGUGAAACUACUACUGCUUUGUAUAAAUUGUGAAAGUUUCAUCAUUGAAAUAAUCGUACCCUAACCCUACGAAGCAAAUUAAGCCGUGAAGUCAAUUUGCCUUUUCUCUUAGUCUGUACGGACUUACUACUGUGUAGUUUCACAACAAGCUAACACCUUGUUUUCAUAAAGUCUGUUUUUUCAUUUAAAUCUUCCGUCGUGUGCGAUCUGCAUGAGAUAACAAUUCUCUGCGAGAAUUUAACUGUUUGUUCGAUAAUAUCUCCGUCAGAUAAAAUAUCUUUAAACAAGUUUCAACUUGAGCUUUGGCUCGAAGUUUAUGUUAAGUUAUGCUUCAGGUUGUUUUUUAUUUAUUUACCUUGGCUUAACUUCUAAAAUGGGCUGUGUUGAAAGUGUUAUUGUUACUUGUGAAAGUUCUGUAAAAAAUUUGACUUGAUAAGUUGUUGUAAUAAAUCUUUUAAUAUCUCUUAAAAA